AUAGUGAAUUCAAGACCAGCCUGAACUAGAUAGUGGGACCCUGUCUCGAAACAAAACAAUGUGUAGUAGGAAUAAUGGUACCCCAACAGGGCAAGGAAUAAAUGAGAUGAGAUAUGCACAGUGCUUAGCACAGAGGCACAAAGAGGCCUUGCUUUCCUAACAUUCUCCCAAGAGACAGAAACAUAGCCCACAAACCAUAGAGAAGUAAACGGGUAGUGUGUGUUGAGGGGAGGGGAUCGUUUUCUGGAGACUGAAUGCAUGCUGGUCAAAUGUUCUACUGCUGAGCUACAUCCGCAGCCCUAUAGUCAAAAUUUAUUGAACGAUAUGUGCCAGGAGCUAUUCUGCGUGCAUUUAAUCCUUAGAUGGUCACUGUGAAGUCAAACUAAUGUUAUACCUUCUUCACAGAUGGGAAAGCUGAACCAUUAGUGCUUACAGAAAUUGCCCAAGCUUAUAACUCUGGUAAGUGGCAAAGCCAGGAUUCAAACUGAGGCAGCCAGUCUCCAAGGCCCACACGUACUAUCUCUCUAAAUGGUAAUGAAUUGUUUUAAAUUGUAACUUGCUUGGACGUGGUACCCUAUGAAACAUUUCCCACCCACUCUCGUUCACUUCUUCCCACAGCAGCCCAGGGCAGGAGGAAGGGGUUGCUCCCUAUUUAUAGAGAGCCAGGGGCAAAGGGCAAGGCUCUGAAGGGGGAAGUGACUCCCUUGCCAAGGUCAUUACAUUAAUAAGGUCAGUGGCAGAAGUGGGGCUGGAACUUGAAGUUUUCCAAAUUUGGAUUCCAAACUUAGAGGCCCCUUCCCAGCCUUGCCCAGUGGCUAAGCCCCCUCCCUAGACAGCAUCCCUCCUGGCUGGAAGCCUGGGCCUCCACCUUUGGCUGCAGGGUGCCCUGCAUCAUGUCCUCCACCUCCCCUCCCCACUGUCACACAGAUGGGAGGGGCAGGAACUCCAGGGCUGGUGGAGUUUCCGACCAGGCAGGAAAAGGAACAAAGGAACAGGGGCCUGGGGGGUGCGGGGGGAGAGAGGGUGGCAGGAGGAGAGGGGACGCUUCACCAUGGACUAUGAAGUCAAGAAAGGGAAGAAGGGCUUUGUGUCUCCCAUCCGAAGGCUGGUGUUCCCCAAGGCCACACGCCGGGCAGCCUUUCGCAACAGUGUGAGCCGCCGGCCCCUGCACUCAAUGCCCCUUUAUCCCCCCGACUAUCUCAUUGACCCCCAAAUUCUGCUAUGUGACUACCUGGAGAAGGAGGUCAAGUUCCUGGGCCACCUCACCUGGGUGACUUCCUCUCUGAACCCCUCGAGCCGUGACGAGCUCCUGCAGCUGCUGGACAAGGCCAGGCAGCUGAAGGAACUGCCGCUGAAGACCACGGCGGAGCAGGACAGCAUCCUGAGCCUAUCGGCUCGCUGCCUGCUGCUCACCUGGCGCGACAACGAGGAGCUCAUCCUGCGCAUCCCUACGCAUGAGAUCGCCGCCGCCUCCUACCUGCAGGACGACGCGCUGCACCUGCUGGUGCUUAAGACCGGUCUGGGCGUGGACCCGGUGCCCGCCGGCGUGGAUGCCAGUCCCGGAGGCACGAGGUGCGACCCGGGCCCUCCGGGCGCGGCGCCCGAGAAGCGGCGGGCGGGCACGGCGGAGCGGCGCCCAAGCCGGGCGGCAGCUGGGAGCGGAGGCAGGCGGCCGGCGGCGGCGGCGGCAGCUGGGAACGGUGCCACCCGGGCCCCAACCCGCUCGACCCUCAGGACCCCAGUCCCGACGCCUACUGCAACCUUGUCAUCCUGGCUGUGCCCAACAGGGAUGCUGCCGAGGAGUCCUGCGCACUCAUUUGUCAGGUUUUCCAGAUCAUCUAUGGGGACCAGAGCAUUGAGUGUGUGGACCGGGCCGGCUACCACUACAUGUCCACUCCUGAACGGCCGUGGCUUUGCAGCCGCAGUGAGAGCUGCCAUACCGAUGGGACUUAUGCCUACGACGCCGACUUUAGCUGCUGCAGCUCCUUCAAUGGCUCCCAGGACACGUUCGAAGCAUGCUACAGUGGCACAUCCACUCCUUCUUUCCACGGCUCGCACUGCAGCGGCAGUGACCACAGCGGCCUGAGCCUCGAGCAGCUGCAGGAUUACAUGAUCACGCUGCGGAGUAAACUGGGGUCCUCUGAGAUCCAGCAGUUCGCGCUGCUCCUGCGGGAGUACCGGCUGGGGCUGCCCAUCCAGGACUUCUGUGCUGGUCUACUGAAGCUCUACGGAGACCGCCGCAAGUUCCUGCUCCUCGGGAUGCGGCCCUUCAUCCCGGAUCAGGACGCCUGCUACUUCGAGGGCUUCCUGGAGGGCAUGGGCAUCCGCGAGGGCGGCAUCCUCACCGACAGCUUCGGCCGCAUCAAGCGCAGCAUGAGCUCCACGUCGGCCUCGGCGGUGCGCAGCUAUGACGGCGCGGCCCAGCGGCCAGAGGACCAGGCUUUCCACCGCCUGCUGGCGGACAUCACGCACGACAUUGAGGCACUGGCCCCCGAUGACAACGACGACGACGACGACGAUGAGGACAGGUCCCGGGGUGGGGGCGACGUGGCUGAAGAUAACUACUUGUAGCCUCUGUCCCUUGCAUCCGGUCUCUGAGGCUUCCUCACUCUUGCCUGUGGAACCCAUCCCUAGGCAUCUUUGUUCCCUUAUCGCACCCUUCAUAAGGGUUCCAUCCCCGGGUCUCCGUCCGAGGCCUUGGCGUCUCGGGUCCCUGCAGUACCGAGAGUUUCCUGCAGGGGGAGGGCGAGGGCAGAUCCUAAAGUCCCUAGCCGCUGGGGCCUCAGCCGGAGCCUUGGCCUGCAGCCCAGGCGGGCCUCCCUUCCUCCUCCGGACCCUUCAGCUUUUCUCAGGCUGAGGGAUGAAGAAGGGCUCCACCUGCUGGCAGAUUGAGAAAAGAAUUUCGGAUUCAAUCCACAGCGCGCACGCAUACACGCAUACGCACACACCUAUUUUUUCUUUCAGAAACCUGUGUUCCUUCUAUUUUACAGAUUUGGAAACUGAGUUCAAAAAAAUCACAGGAGACUUGACGGAAUCUCCUGAUUCUCCUUAGAUAUUACCUCGAAUUUCUUCAUCUCUCCAAUCAUUUUAGCCCUACCUUCGAAGGGUGGUCAUGAGGAGUUAACAAAGGGCAAAACCUUAGUGUUGGGCCAAGAGCAUCGUAGGUGCUCAAUAAAUGCUGCUCCCUUCCCCAUGGAA